UCCCAGCUACAUAAGUUCAUUCCGCAAAUGUUUUGUCGGUAAAUUCAUGAAAUGGCUUACCAUUAUCUGUUUUUUAUUAUUUAAUCUAAGUAAGUACAAUAGUUCAAAUCACACCAAACCACAGUUAUAAAUGCAGUUCUUUGUUAAUACAGUGAAUGAACAUCUUUUUGUGUUUUAUUGAAGAACAAUAAAUAAAAUGUUCCCUAGGGUGUCAUUUUAUUGUAUUUUUCUGUUUGUUUUCUUUAUUGAAUCUAAAUGUCAGGAAGACGAAGAAGAGGACCCAAAUCAGAAUAUUGUACGAAUUGGAGCCCUAUUUGAGGUUGAUAACGAAGAAAAACAAUUGGCCCUAAACCUUUCGGUCCAAUUCGUUCUCACUCAAGGUUUACUUCCUAAUUAUCAGCUAGAGACCCUUUUUGAGGUCACUAAGCCUGAUCAUCCCUUUGCUGCGCUAAGUUCAGCGUGUAACCUCUUGAAAGGGGGUGCCUUGGGCAUUAUAGGACCCCCAUCGGAAGAAAAUGCCAAUGCCGUACAAUCUCUUUGUGAUUUUAAAGAGAUAGCAUUGAUACAAACAAGAUGGGAUGCAGAACAACAACGAGAUUUGACCUCGUUGAAUCUAUACCCUUAUCCACCAGUUCUGGCUCGAGUAUUUGUAGACAUAGUGGAAGCAUGGGAAUGGAAGAGUUUUACAAUCCUUUACGAAAACAAAGAGGGGUUGUUCAGAAUCAGUGAACUAUUAAGAAUGUACAAUAGUUCUGGUCAUACUAUAGUUGUUCGACAAUUGGAUAAUGACAACUCAGGGGAUUACAGAUCAACCCUAAAGGAGGUCCUCAAAUCGGGUCAAACCCACUUCAUCAUUGACUGCUCGAUUGAUAAUUUAAACGAAGUAUUAAUCCAAGCUCAACAAGUGGGUCUUAUCAGUUCGAGGUUUAAUUUCAUCAUUACCAAUCUGGACUUGCACACUAUAGAUCUUGAACCCUUCAAAUACGCCGAAGCUAACAUAACAGGGGUUCGAUUGCUAAAUCCGGAAAAUUCGUUAGUAAAAGUGAUUAGUACUGCCAUCCACAACCACAACAGUCAAGAAAAUUCUGAGCCUCCUCCAGGUUGGACAGUUCAAUUGGACGUCGCCUUGAUCAUUGACGCCGUUGGUAUGUUUAGUGCUGCCUUAAAUCAAAUAGUUGGAAUGGAAAACGUUAAAUUCAAAGCCUUCGACUGUGAGACGGAAGACAACUCCAUGUUUGGACUUAACAUUAUAACAUACAUGAAAACAUUGACUUUCGAAGGGCUUAGUGGCAUAAUAAAGUUCGACAACAAAGGAUUUAGAAGCGAUUUCUCUCUUGAUGUUGUUGAACUUAAUCAAGACGGACUGAUAAAGAUAGGAGAUUGGAAUUCAACUGAAGGUUUAAAGAUUUCUAGAGUUUACCCUGAAGCCAUACCGACCAAUGAGCUUAGUUUGAGAAACAGGACAUUCGUUGUUAUUACCGCACUGACUGCGCCUUAUGCCAUGAUGAAAAAGUCAGAGCCAAAAUUGACAGGAAACGACCAGUACGAAGGUUUUGGUAUCGACUUGAUAAAGGAACUGGCACUUAUGGAAGGAUUCUCGUACGAGUUUAAAAUCAGAGAAGACAAAGCCAAUGGUCAAAAACAACCCAAUGGUGAAUGGACCGGAAUGAUAGGGGAAGUACUUAGCAAAAGUGCCGAUCUUGCAAUUGUCGAUCUGACUAUAACAGCCGAAAGAGUGGAAGCGGUGGACUUUACCUCACCCUUUAUGACUUUAGGAGUCAGCAUAUUGUACAGAAAACCAACAAAAGCGCCGCCAAGUUUUUUUUCAUUUGCUUCCCCGUUUGGUAACGACGUUUGGAUAACAUUAUCGGGAGCAUAUUUGUGCGUUUCCUUGGCUCUGUUCAUCACAGGACGUCUCAGUCCUUCCGAGUGGAACAAUCCCUUUCCCUGUAUCGAAGAACCCAAGUAUCUCCUCAAUCAGUUCAGUCUUAGGAACUCGUUCUGGUUCACGAUUGGAAGUCUUAUGCAGCAGGGGUCCGAGAUAGCCCCCAUAGCAAUUUCUACCAGAAUGGUUGCUGGUGUUUGGUGGUUCUUUACCCUCAUCAUGGUCUCGUCUUACACUGCAAAUUUGGCUGCCUUCUUAACAGCAGACACCCCAUUGACAGAGUUCUCAUCGGUAAAAGAAUUGGCCGAAAAAGCCGAACGAUCAGGAAUAAAAUAUGGAGCCAAAGCGGGCGGAGCUACGGCAAAAUUUUUUGAAACGUCUGAAAAUCCCUACUAUAAAAAAAUAUGGGAAUAUAUGGCUUCUCAUCCCGAAGACAUGCCCAAAGAAAAUAUUGACGGGGUGGAGAGGGCUGAAAGGGAGAAGUACGCGUUUUUUAUGGAGUCUACCUCAAUUGAAUACGAAAUUCAGAGACACUGCAACCUCUCGCAAGUCGGCGGCAAACUAGACGAAAAGGGAUAUGGGAUCGCUAUGAGAAAAAAUUCUAGCUACAGGCACAUUUUGAGUACCGCAGUGUUGAAACUUCAAGAGUCUGGAAAAAUAACUGAACUCAAGAGGAAAUGGUGGGAAGAACGAGGAGCCCAAUGUACGGGUGAAGAGGCUUCGCAAGAAGCGCCCCCCUUAGAUUUAGUAAAUGUGAGCGGUAUUUUCUGGGUUACUGUAGCUGGUACAGUGUUGGCUUUCGUAUUUGUGUGUAUCGAAAUGGUACUUUAUGUCUUUAGGGUUUCCCUAAGGUAUAAAGUGUCAUUUUUGCAUGAACUACGUCAAGAAAUAAAACACUGUUUUGCUUUCGAUUCAUCCACCAAACCAGUUAGACAAAAACUGAUGCCAACCCCUGAAGAAGAGAGCGAAAAAUGUCCCGAAAAUGGCGACAAUAAAAUCAACUCCGAAUAUGGAUUUAAACCUGAAAUUAUGAGAGAGUAAAGUGUAAAACAUUAUGUUACCGUUAGAAACAUUGUUGUAAAAAUAAGACCAAUAGACAUUACAAUAAAUAAAUAAUUAAAUAAU